AUGGGAAAUCCAAACCUUGACCACAGUAGCAAGAGCGCUGAGGCAGUAUCGAAUACCGAGGUAGUAUCCAACCCUCCACCAUAUUCUACUAUAACCGAGCCCAUCGAUGAGCCUCCGACCUACCGACAACCAAACGUAUCACACAGAGUGUCCCGCGAUGGGUUUCCUAUUCCUAAAUCUGAGGACACGGUGGCUAUUGAUGAAUGUAUCACCCACCUGAAGUUCCUAUCCACGACCGCCAAACUUCGCAACUUCAUUGGAGGAACAGACAAGCUAUUCGGAAUCCACGAUAGUGAGGUCAGGAACUUUUCAGACCCCCGCAAGCAAGCCCAGGCAGCUGCCCGAAUUCAAGAAAAGAGAUGGGCGGUUUAUGUGGCCAAAGCUGUGGAACGAUUUACUGUUUGGUGGCAGACUUGUCUGCCGAGUCUCAAUACCAGUCGCAUCUCAACACUUAAUGGUUUAUCUGAAGCCAAAAUAGCAUGGUCUGCUAAUAUGAUGCCACCACUUGAUGUUAUCAUGGUCUGGCAUGCAUUUAUGCUUAACCCGCGUGCCUUUCUCGAGGAUUGUUUGCGUCAAUCUAAAAUGAGCGUCUGGGCCACCGGUUUGCCAUGGGAUGUAAUAAAUACAUCCAUCGACGACGAGACGCUUGUCUUCUACCCGGGCAGUGAAGCGAGGAGAAACUUCGAGACACGAACUGGUCAUUCCUGGGAAAAUAUCCACGACAGUCCCACAAAAUUUUUGCUUUGCUUCGGUUGUAGGCAGGAAAUCAUUACUCCCUGGACGGAAGGAUCACUUGGAUGCGAUACAGAUGUCGCUUUCGCACACUGCACUGGAUAUGCGGACAAAUCUUUACGGGUUUCAUGUCCAGCAUGCAAAUUCAGUAUCACACACGAUUCUCUUCGCGUGCAAAAGUUCCGCAGUGAUGUGCAGAAGUUGUUGAAAGAUGAUUUGCCUAUGCCGGGCACACUUUUGUCGCAGAAUGGCACUCCCGCUGACGAUGAAAAUGGCGAUAACGUGUCCUUCCCAAACCGGCUUAUAAAGGAAGGCAUGAGAAGCGAGCUCCUGCAGCUUACAGACCUCACUGAAAAUGAAAGCACCACGAUUGAAACCAUUCGGGACCACAUCGAGGGAUUCUUGAAGAGUCGUUCAUUAAUGCGUCGCGUGAACAAGACAAUACUGGCUUCCGGGAAUUCGAGUAUGCCAGAGAGGAUAUCUCUUCGUAAUAUGCUCUCCAGAUAUUGGGACAACUCAUCCCCCUUCGCCAUCGACUUAAUCGGGGCAGUCAUACGGCAAGGGACGUUUGUGGACAAGAUGGACAAUAUCGGAUGGAUACGUUCGCCAAACGUGAGAUCGACCAUGGGUCACUUCAUCAGCAAGUACGACGUUUUCUUCCAAAUAAUGGCCAAGAAUAAAGGCCAUGCUGUUGUCCCCACUCUCGAUGUCGAUCUGAUCUGGCACACGCACCAGCUUUCUCCUCUUCGCUAUUACACCUUCUCUACCGCGCAGAUAGAGGGGAUAUUCAUUAACCACGACGACAAAAUAGACGAGAUAAAGCUCAAUGAUGCCUUCGCAUGGACCUCAAGACAAUACCAAAAACUCACUGGCGGCAAGAUAUACAGCGAAUGCAUCUGCUGGUACUGCGAGGCGGUGCGUGAGUCCAACAAUCAAGGACUUGGAAGGUUGAUAUCGCCGUCCGCCCUGCAUGCCAAGACCAACGCUGCUCUUCUUCACAACAGUGCCGAUAAUACCACCAACGGGGAUAAAAGCAUAGGGCCGCAUAUCUCGUCCCAUAAUUCAGUUCGCAUCCUGGCCCAGGCUGAUCCAAAGGCAAUGCAGACCAAGACCGCCCAGCUUGAAUCGUGCUGGAAGAAAGCCCAGCGACGGUCACACAACCGUAGUGGCAGCAGAGGCGGUGGUAUUGCCCAUGAAGACCCGUCAAGGAAGGAUAUAUACGGGCCCUACGCGCGCGAUCCGGAAAUUCAUCGUGAAAUAUAUCCCUGCAAUCCAGCCUGUGUGAAUAUCACCGCGGGCGUGGCGGGUAACUGCAUCAGCGGAACACAGGGCGUCGGCCUUGCGCAAGGUGCGUGUGUGAGUGGUACCAUGGCCGCCCAGACAAGAUCGAAGGGUAAAAGCUUCUGUUCUGGUAUAGCAGGUUGUGGUAUGAGUCUCUAG